AUGGCAUCAUCAUCCUCAAGCAACAGCGCAAACUACGACAUGCCGUGGGUCGAGAAGUACCGCCCUAGCAAGGUCCUCCUGGAACUAGAAACACCACCAGUUCGACGGCAGUUUUUCUUGGAUUGCAAUGAAAUUGCAGAUCUUUGUGAUAGUGCAGAGAGGAUAUUUUCUAGCGAACCAACUGUCAUACAGCUUAAGGCACCAAUUAAAAUAUUUGGUGAUUUACAUGGGCAGUUUGGGGAUCUCAUGCGCCUUUUUGAUGAGUAUGGUUCACCAUCAACUGCCGCUGACAUAGCAUAUAUCGAUUAUCUAUUCCUAGGAGAUUAUGUUGAUAGGGGCCAACACAGCCUGGAAACUAUAAGCCUUCUGCUCGCUUUGAAGGUUGAGUAUCCAAACAAUGUUCACUUAAUACGUGGAAAUCAUGAAGCUGCAGAUAUUAAUGCCCUUUUUGGUUUUCGAAUUGAGUGCAUUGAGAGGAUGGGUGAGAGAGAUGGAAUUUGGACAUGGCACCGAAUAAACCGUCUGUUUAACUGGCUUCCUCUUGUGGCUCUAAUUGAGAAAAAAAUCAUUUGCAUGCACGGGGGUAUUGGCUGUUCAAUAAAUCACUUGGAACAAAUUGAGAAUAUUCAGCGUCCUAUUAUAAUGGAAGCAGGAUCUAUUGUGCUGAUGGAUCUUUUAUGGUCUGAUCCUACAGAGAAUGACAGCAUGGAUGACAAUGAGCCGAAAUCGGGGGCAAAACUGGCAAUCCAAUGCAGUUUUUUUGUCGAAUCUCAGCGUUCAUGUUUCGUGCAAACAACAACAACUCCAUUUCCAAUUCCAUUUUGGUGA